GGCUUGCUCGUCCAACACCGCGCGCCAGAGGGCGCUGCCUGGCGUCGCUGCGUCCUCGGCCGCUGCGUCGACGUUGCUGUAGUGUCGUGGGCUGGUCGUGCUACCGGUGCCGCCGCGGUGGAGAUCGCCGUUCUAGGCGCCGGCCAUUGGUUACCCCGAGGACACGCCGCAUGUACUGGAGGGUAUGCCGCGCCGUGGUCGUGCUCCGCCUGAGGGAGGAGCGCCGCGUCGAAUGCUGCAUCCUAGAGGUGGAGGACGCCGUCGUCGCCAAACGCCGAGAAGCAUGUCCAUUGAUUACUGCUGUGGACGGGAAUAUGGCUAAUCGAAUCGGCGGCAUUCUUCUCUUCUCCUGUGGCCAUUUCUCAGCGGAGAGCAAAAGUGCUGAUAACGUAUGGCGCAUCAGUCAGUUGGGAAAGAGCCGAGCCGGGCGACACGUAUGGCGCACGGCGCACGGCCGUAUUCAAUCAUCUGGCAGUUGUGGAGGCCCCUGCACAGCACGCCAUCGUAUCCGUUCGUCCCCGGUUCCCGCCUGUGCAAACACGGAACCAUCUUUAUCUACAUUGUUUCUUUAUUAAUUUUUUCUACAAUUAUGUUAAGCAGAGACAAAAUAUUGCCACGUCACGCCCGCGCUCUUCCACCGAGAGGUGAUCGAAGUCGACGGAUGCGACGGCGCUGUUAGAGAGAAUCGAGAGAGAGGAGCGAAUGGAAAACAGAUAUAUGAAUGAACAGUUAUUCUAUUGAUUGAAGAUUGGGGUAUUUAUACCCAGUUUACAAGGCGGUUA